AUGGCAUCGAUAGCAUUCCGUGGCACCAACCAUGGGCUCCAGAUCGGAGAUAACCAUGGCUCGAUCAACGCAGAAUUCCACCUGCCGCCGGAGCGACCGGAAACCCCGCCUAGCCCUCUAUCAACUGUCCCAUUCCCACGCGAUCCGCACUUUGUCAGUCGCGACACACUGCUCCAUCAGAUUCACGAGAGAAGCUCGGUCCCAGGGUCGAGGAUAGCUCUUGUCGGCCUCGGCGGUGUCGGGAAAUCUCAACUAGCCAUCGAAUACUCCUACCAGAUCCGAGCUCAAUCGCCAGCGACAUGGGUUUUCUGGGUCCAAGCGAGUAACGCGGCCCGAUUUCAGCAAAGUUUCCGCGACAUAGCUGACCAGGUUAAGCUUCCUGGGCGUUGGGAUCUCAACGUCAAUAUAUUUAAACUAGUUGAAGGCUGGCUCCAGCAUGAGAAGAGAGGCAAAUGGGUUCUAAUCCUUGAUAAUAUCGAUGAUGAAGAGUUCCUUCGCGGGCCCCCGUCGACGAGUCAGCUGGCCCAGAUGAAUGAUCAGAAUAACGCCCCGACGAAGCCACUAUUCGAAUACCUCCCUCAAAGCCUGCAUGGAUCUCUCAUUAUCACAGGUCGGAGCAGAGAGAUUGCGUUAAAAUUGGUCAAUCAUAGAGACCUUAUUGAAGUCAACAGGAUGGAAAAGCCCGAGGCACUGGAGCUUCUCCAAAGAAAGCUUGAAGUGCCAGGGGAAACCGAAGAGAACCGACAGUUAGUAGAAGAGCUUGAGUUUAUACCGCUAGCGAUCGUACAGGCCGCUAGCUAUAUUCGAAAUCGGGCGCCUCGCUAUUCGGUAUCACAAUACCUAGGAGACUUCCAAAGGAGCGACCGUGAAGCGACACGGCUUCUGAAAAAAGAGGCAGGCCAUCUCUACCGGGACUGGGAAGCAAAGAAUUCGAUUUUAAUGACGUGGCAAAUAUCUUUCGAUUAUAUACGUCAGACAAAGCCAUCUGCGGCUGAGUUACUUUCUCUCAUGAGUUUUUUCGAUCGGCAAGGAAUACCAGAGAGCCUUAUACGGCACCAACCGAAGGACAACCAUACAUCAAGUUCAGAGCUUCUGAACGACUCAAGUGACGGGGAGACAUCUGAAUCCGAUGUAGGCCCUGAUUUUGAAGAUGAUAUUAUGACACUGAGGGAUUAUUCAUUUAUAUCUGUCAAUGAGAACAGCGCUUUCUUUACGAUCCACCGGCUAGUGCAAGUGACUACGCAUGCGUGGUUAAAAUCUCAUGGACAAUUAGUCCAAUGGCGGGAGAAAUUCAUUAGCAACCUAUGUGAAGCGUUCCCCACCGGUAAAUACGAAAACUGGGAGAGAUGCAGGUCACUGUUUCCUCAUGUCAAAUCUGCAAUGUCACAACGGCCAGCAUCACGUGAGUGUCUACAACGGUGGGCUGCAUUGCUUUAUAGAGGUGCAUGGUAUGCGUCAGAAUGCGGUAACAUCGCAGACGUAAGAGAAAUGGCAUCAAAAUCAAGAGAGCAAAGGAUAAAAAUAUUAGGCGAAGAACAUCAAGAAGCCCUUGCUAGCACUGCGAUGUUAGCGAGAGGAUAUUCGCUCGAAGGACGGUGGCAAGAGGCCGAGCAGCUGGAGGUGCAGGUGAUGGAGACUCGCAAGGUGAAGCUCGGCGAGGACCAUCCCCAUACGCUGACGAGUAUGGCCAACCUCGCGUCGACAUACUCGGACCAGGGCCGGUGGAAAGAGGCCGAGCAACUCGAGGUACAAGUAGUAGAGACGAGCAAGGCGAAGCUCGGCAAGGACCAUAACUCUACGCUGACGAGUAUGGCCAACCUAGCGUCGACAUACCGGAGUCAGGGCCGGUGGAAAGAGGCCGAACAGCUACAGGUGCAGGUGAUGGAGAUAAGCCAGAGGAGGCUCGGCGAAGACCAUCCUAAUACGCUGAAAAUCAUAGCUAACCUGGCAUCGACAUACCGGGAGCAAAACCAGUGGGAAGAGGCUGAGCGGCUUGAGUUACAGGUGAUAGAGGCUUACCAGGCAAAGCUCGGCGAGGACCAUCCUUACACGCUGACGAGUGUGGCCAACCUCGCGUUGACAUACUCAGACUGGGGCCGGUGGAAAGAGGCUGAGCGGCUCGAGGUGCAAGUAAUGGAGGCUCACCAGGCAAAGCUCGACAAGGACCAUCUUUAUACGCUGACGAGUAUGGCCAACCUCGCGACGACGUACCGGAAGCAGGGCUGGUGGGAAGAGGCCGAGCAGCUCGAGGUUCAGGUGAUGGAGACUCAUAAGACGAAGCUCGGCGAGGAUCAUCCCUAUACGCUGACGAGUAUGGCCAACCUAGCGUCGACAUACCAGAGUCAGGGCCGGUGGGAAGAGGCCGAGCAGCUUAAGGUUCAGGUGAUGGAGACUCGCAAGGCGAAGCUCGGCGAGGACCAUCCUUAUACUCUGAUGAGUAUGGCCAACCUAGCGUCGAUAUACCAGAGUCAGGGCCGGUGGGAAGAGGCCGAGCAGCUCGAGGUGCAGGUGAUGGAGACUCGCAUGAUAAAGCUCGGCGAGGACCAUCCCGAUACUCUGACGGUUAUAGCCAAGCUCGCGUUAACGUACUUGAACCAGGGCCGGUGGAAAGAGGCCGAGCAGCUCAAUAUACUAGUGAUGGAGACUCGUAAGGCGAAGCUUGGCGAGGACCAUCCCGAUACUCUAAGGGUUAAGGCCAACCUGGCAUCGACAUACCAGGACCAGGGCCGGUGGGAAGAGGCUGAGAAGCUUAAGGUGCAGGUGAUGGAGGCGUGCAAGACGAAGCUCGGCGAGGACCAUCCUGAUACACUUACGAUUAUGGCCACCCUGGCAUCGACGUAUCAGAGUCAGGGCCGAUGGGAAGAGGCCGAGCAGCUCGAAGUGCAGGUGAUGGAGUCUCGCAAGACGAAGCUCGGCGAGGACCAUCCCGAUACGCUUACAAUUAUAGCUAACCUAGCAUCAACGUACUUAAACCAGGGCCGGUGGAAAGAGGCUGAGCAGCUCAACGUACAAGUGAUGGAGACUCGCAAGGCGAAGCUUGGCGAGGACCAUCCCGAUACGCUGACGAGUAUGGGCAACCUAGCGUCGACAUACCAGAGUCAGGGCCGGUGGGAAGAGGCCGAGCAGCUUGAGGUUCGGGUGAUGGAGACUCGCAAGGCGAAGCUCGGCGAGGACCAUCCCCAUACGCUGACGAGUAUGGCCAACCUAGCAUUGACGUACUGGAACCAGGGCCGGUGGGAGGAGGCCGAGCAGCUCGAGAUGCAGGUGAUGAAGACUCGCAAGACGAAGCUCGGCGAGGAUCAUCCCGACACGCUGAUCAGUAUGGCGAAUCUCGCUUUCACCUGGAAAUCUUCCGCUCACGAUGCCGAAGCCAUCAAUUUGCUACGAGAGUGCUUAACCAAGCAGAAGCAAACACUCGGCCAAAACCAUCCCACUACUUUAUCUAAUUCUGAAACAUUGUUAGAAUGGGAAACGGAAGUGACACGGGAGACUGAAGGGGAAUAG